GUGAUGGUCAGCGUGAGAAACUCCGCGCGUCUCAUGGCGAGGUGCAGGGACGAAGUAACUCUAGCUGUGUAACCUACUGUCGCUUGCUUGGUGGAAAAGUAGGUGGUUACUAUUUUUUUUUUAAAGGAGGUCAGGUAUUAAUACGCUUCCAAAAAAUGUAGUUCACUAGCCAAGUACUCCUCGAAAGCGGUAAUGAGUAAUGACGUCACUUGUGUACUGACCAUGUAAUACAAUGUAUAUUAGCACAGAAUGAGAUAUUUGAUCGAACUCUUGGAGUUCACUGCAUAAAUGAACCAACGGCAAUGUAUAUGUGUGUGUAUGUAUAUAUAAUAAUCAUUAUUAUAAGCACUACAUACAUAUAUCAUCAUCAUCAUCCGCCUACUUACAUAACACUUCCCUGUUAGUCCAUUUAUACCUGGUAGCACAGCAGUGAAAACAUUCUUGAUGAUAAAAUGUCUCGUUUUUUCAUAUGAACAUUCAUUUCCACAUCUUUUGCUUCGAAAUAGCCAGACCUUCUUGCAGUUUAAUGUAGUUUUGAGAAAUAGUUCCCCAGGGUCUCUAAAGGACUUUUUUUGGCUCUGACUUUUGACAAGUUCCUGGCUCUCAUUUUCAGUCUAGUUUUAGAGGAGUUCUUUUGUUUUUGUUAAGCCACACAGUGACCUAUGAUACAUUCAAGUAUUAAAAACCAUCGAACUUAAGGCAUGAAGCGGUGAGAAACAGGUGCAGAUGAUCAGGCUGGUGAUUUGUAUACUGGUGAUGCUGAAUGCUGAGUGGGUGGAACAGAUGAGAGGGGAAAUGAGGUUGCUACUGAGAUAAACAACCAAUUUUUAAAUUGUAUCUUUAGGCACUUUGCGGCCUGUCACAGUAAAACAUUUUUUCCCUUUUUUAAAUGCACACUGAUCAGCCAUAACAUUUACAUUGAUUAUUAAUAGUAUACCAGUAAACGGGUGACAGGAUCAUGGCUCCAAAGGCUCAACCAUGCCUGUGCCUCAACCAAAUGCCAGCCUGUCCUGUCUUGUCUAAUGCCACAGAAAAGCCAACACAACACAAAUUGAAAAAAAAAGGAAAUACUGGAGUGAUAAAAGGCAAACACCCAGUGCACCACAGCUCACACUAGAGUCCCGCAGGCAACGAGCCAAGAACUGACGACUGUCCUCCAAAUGUUAUGUGGUAGGGAUUGGAGAGUUGCACCACGAGAUGUAAUAAUAUUUAUAAAAGCCCUUACGCGGGGCUUCUGAGCGGGUCAAUGAAAUAGGAGUUAGGGAGAGUGCUUAUGACACCCACAGGAAGACCUUCCCAUUUGGAGAUAGCGUGGGAUUAUUAAUUAAGAAAACAGAAAAUAAACAGAGCUCUGCCGAACGGGUCUCUGAAAAUUAAAAAAAAAAAAACUUAUAUCCUAUCGGGGCGUUUACCCUUACCAAGGAUUUAUAUGUGAUUGGUGUUUGUUUUUGUGAUUUGCACUUGCACUGCUACUGAGAGCGCAUGCUGGACUGCUGGCCGGCCGCUCUCUCUCACUCCCAAUCACGCCAACUUAAGCUUGAUGAUUUAAAGCUGGGUCUUUAGCUUUAUCUUUGUCCUUGGCCCUGAUACCUUUACUGAUGUUAUCUAAUGACCAGGAACCUUAAAUAGACACGCCGCCAGAUGCGGCACAUUCACGCUGAUUGCUUCUGAUGCAGCGUUACCUAGCUACCGCGUGUCUAGAUGACCACGCCUCUACCUUUAGCAGCCUGCGGAUCUGCUUGUUCUAAGUUGUUACAAGUCCAAUCCAUGGAGAUCCCACCCCUCCAGAAGGAUCUGUUGCCAACGUCCUGGUGCCAGACACAACAAUACACCCCCAGAGGCCCUUAGGGGAUACGCCUCUGUACAGUACAACCUUUUAUUGACUGAGACUUUAAAAAAAAAACCUCUGUUCUCACUUGCAGAUAGUUUCUCAGUGCUCCAUAUGUCCUCCCUCCAUAUGUCCACCCCUCCAUAGUCCUCCCCUCCAUACAUUGUGUGAUCUACUUAAAUAUGUAUUACCUUGAGACAAGCAACUCAGGCAAGAAGCAAGGUUGUUGACCUGUCUAUUUUAGGUAAUAAUGGUCAAAGUUACAAGAUAAAUGAAGACAAAUCUCUGCACCAGCAAACCUCAGUACAGGCAGCUCACAUCAUGGACACAAUCUUCUGUAGAAAUGGUACAGAGACCCUGGAACCACUUAAAGCAGAAGUGAUUGGAUCAAUCCCAUCAUGGCUUCAGGGAACACUUAUACGCAACGGACCUGGCCUUUUCUCCAUUGGAAAAACAUCCUAUAAUCACUGGUUUGAUGGAAUGUCUCUUAUUCACAGUUUCACUUUUAAGAACGGUGAUGUGCAUUACAGAAGCAAAUUCCUUAAGAGUGAUAGUUAUGUAAAAAACAUCACUGCCAAUAGGAUUGUGGUGUCAGAAUUCGGGACGAUGGUCUACCCUGAUCCAUGCAAGAAUAUAUUCUCAAAAGCCUUCACCUACCUGCUCAACUCCAUUCCAAAUUUCACAGACAAUAACAUUGUGAACAUUAUAAGGUAUGGAGAGGAUUACUACGCGGCAUCAGAAAUAAACUAUAUUAACCAAAUCAACCCAAUGACUCUUGACACUAUAGAGAGAGUCAAUUACAGGAACCAUAUUGCUGUGAACUUGGCAACGGCACACCCUCACUAUGAUGAUGAAGGAAAUACAUACAACAUGGGCACUGCUAUCAUGGCACUGAGCGGACCUAAAUAUGUUAUUUUCAAGGUGCCUGCUCCUACAUCAGAUAUGAAGGACAGCAAAAAUAAAAGUCAUGCACUGAAGAAUCUGCAACAGGUUUGCUCCAUUCCUUUUCGCUCAAAACUCCAUCCAAGCUACUACCACAGCUUUGGGAUGACAGAAAAUUACAUCAUCUUUGUUGAGCAGCCCUUUAAGCUGGACAUUGUCCGACUGGCCACAGCUUACUUCAGAGGAGACACCUGGAGCAAAUGCAUCGGUUACGACCAAGAUGAUGUUACUCUGUUCCACCUAAUCAACAAGAAUACAGGGGUGGCAGUGAACACUACGUUCUACGGAGACGGGUUUAUAUUUUUCCAUCACAUCAAUGCCUACGAGGAGGACGGUCAUGUAGUGUUUGACCUCAUCUCAUAUAAGGACAGCAGUGUUUAUGACCUAUUCUACAUAGACUCCAUGAAGCUGGAGACACAGAAAUUCACUGAGAUGAGUAAGGUGUUUUCUCCGCCAGUCUGCAAGCGAUUUGUCAUCCCUGUCAAUGCAGACCUCAAGGGAUCUUCGUUGGGCACGAACCUAGUGAGCUUAGAGGACACAUCAGCUACAGCAGUGUUGCAGAAAGAUGGUUCCUUGUACUGCACUCCAGAAACACUGAUUGAUGGUUUAGAGUUACCUGCAAUCAACUACAAAUACAAUGGAGAGAAGUACAGAUAUUUCUAUGGAUCGAUGAUGGAAUGGUCACCACAAGCAAAUAAGAUUGCAAAAGUGGAUCUGGAUUCCAAAACACAUCUAGAAUGGACGGAAGAGGAUUGCUACCCGUCUGAACCAAAGUUUGUGGCAUCACCAGGUGCUGUGGAUGAGGACGAUGGUGUUAUUUUGACAUCUGUUCUCUCCAUCAACCCCAAAAAGUCACCUUUCUUGUUGGUGCUGGAUGCGAAAACGUUCAAGGAGAUUGCCCGAGCUUCAGUUAACGCACCAAUUCACAUGGACCUGCAUGGAGUUUUUAUCCCUCAGGAACCUGAACUAAAAUAAAAUCAAAUAUUAUUUCUGGACAAAAAUAUUCCUUAAAUCAUGCUGCUUACUUUAUGUCACAGAUCACUGAUUUAUUUUGCACAAGAAAAACACUUUUUAAAUAUUAAUUACUUUUUAUUAUUUUGAUUGUUGGUUAGAAUUUUUAUUUACAUUAACAUUGUAAUUUAUGAUUUUAAGUGUAAAAAAAAAUUAUUUAAGCACAUUUUCAGAUUUGUUCAUUAAAAAGAUGA